AAGCCGUGUGGGAGGACCGCUACUGCAAAAUAUCUGAAUUUGCAACUUUUGCUCUCUAUCAGUUUGCUGGCGGCUCACGGUGUUUCGCCUUCUAAUCGUGGAGCUCUGCAAAUCACAUUCAUACAUACAGAUACAUAGCCCAGCCAGCAUUUUUUAAGUUUGAAUUCAUUUCACCACUUUCUUCUACUCUCCUUAAACCCUAAUCCCGUAGUCCGUCUCUCUGCCGCGCUUCGUCGUCUUGCCAGAUCGCUUCGCUGUAGUAGUUUACACGAGUAGUACAUCGAGAUCAUGGCGAGGAAGAUGCUUAUCGACGGGGAGCUGAGCCAGACCAACGAGGCCGAGGAGGCUCACUUUGAUUUCGACUUGUUCGUCAUCGGAGCUGGCAGCGGCGGCGUUCGUGCUUCCAGAUUCGCUACUAAUUUUGGAGCUAAGAAGGUUGGCAUAUGUGAGCUUCCAUUUCAUCCCAUCAGCUCGGAAGUGAUUGGAGGGGUCGGUGGAACGUGUGUUAUUCGUGGUUGUGUUCCCAAGAAGAUCUUGGUGUAUGGAGCAUCUUUUGGUGGUGAACUUGAGGAUGCAAGGAAUUACGGAUGGGAACUGAAUGAAAACCUGGAUUUCAACUGGAAAAAGCUGUUGAAGAAGAAGACCGAUGAAAUACUCAGAUUGAAUGGAAUUUACAAGAGGUUGUUGUCCAAUGCCGGUGUUAAAUUGUAUGAAGGCGAGGGAAGAAUUUCUGGUCCCAAUGAAGUUGAAGUUACUCAGUUAGAUGGAACUAAAUUGCGCUACUCGGCAAAACAUAUACUGAUUGCCACGGGAAGUAGGGCGCAGCGCCCUGAUAUUCCAGGACAGGAGCUGGCUAUAACUUCUGACGAGGCCUUGAGCUUGGAAGAAAUGCCUAAAAGUGCCAUAGUGCUUGGAGGAGGGUACAUUGCUGUGGAGUUUGCUUCUAUUUGGCGUGGAAUGGGUGCUUCUGUGGAUCUCUUUUUCAGAAAGGAACUUCCAUUGAGAGGUUUUGAUGAUGAAAUGAGAGCAGUAGUUGCAAGAAAUCUUGAGGGAAGAGGGGUCAAUAUGCAUGCAAGAACAAGUCUGACCGAGUUGGUAAAAACUGAAGAUGGAAUAAAAGUUCGAACAGAUCACGGAGAAGAAUUGGUCGCAGAUGUGGUACUCUUUGCUACGGGAAGGGUCCCAAAUUCAAAAAGAUUAAAUUUAGAAGCUGUAGGUGUUGAGGUUGACAAAAUGGGAGCUAUCAAGGUCAAUGAGCACUCACAGACAAACAUACCUAGCAUAUGGGCCAUCGGUGAUGUAACAAAUCGAAUGAAUCUUACACCUGUUGCCUUGAUGGAGGGAACAUGUUUUGCAAAAACUGUUUUCGGAGGGGAACCUACUAAACCGGACUAUGACCAUAUUCCAUGUGCUGUGUUCUGCAUACCGCCCCUUUCUGUUGUUGGCCUGAGUGAAGAGCAAGCAAUUGAACAAGCAAAUGGUGAUAUAUUAGUUUUCACUUCAAGUUUCAAUCCUAUGAGGAAUACCAUAUCCGGACGACAAGAGAAGACAGUCAUGAAGCUUGUUGUUGAUGCUACCACUGACAAGGUCUUGGGAGCUUCCAUGUGUGGGCCAGAUGCAGCUGAAAUCAUGCAGGGCAUUGCUAUUGCGAUUAAGUGUGGAGCGACAAAGGCACAGUUUGACAGCACGGUUGGAAUACACCCUUCGGCUGCCGAAGAAUUCGUCACAAUGCGAUCAGUUAGUAGGCGUGUUGAAGGUGCUAAGAAACCGAAGACGAAUCUGUAAAUAGUUAUACCAUGUAAAAGAUUUGAGCGGAGGGAGCGAAUCAUUCAUUUGGAGAGUUGCAUUCGAUGCUGAUGAAACGAUAUGCUUGCUUCUGCCAGACCCUCUCAGGUGGUCGGAUUAGGGAGAAAUCUCUAGAUGUACUGUACACUUCUACGCUUCUUGGUAGCACGCUGUAACUAGGACUGGUAGAAAAGUCUGAACUAUUUAGUCAGUGUUGCGAUGGUUGUUUGUUCUACGUUAUUUGGAAUAAAUGAGAAGAACUGUUUCGUAUUGUUCGAAGUUCGAACUUGCAAUAAAAUGGAUGCAUAAUUGUCCAUUCAUAAGACUUGCAAGAAUUACUUAUUACAUGUGAACGAUUUGGCUUCUGUAUAUCCUCUCUUCCGGCUACUCUCUCUGUCCGAAAACUGAUACCAGUGCAGAAUAACGUACCUAGGAAACUGCUUUGCCGUCACAUACAUCACAAGUUAUAAACCCGCCGUCGCAAUAUGCACACUUGGUGUCUUCGCCUAUCCAUUCCAGAAACUGCGGUUCAAUAUUCGGUUCCCCUGUUCCAUCACAUUCUGCAGCAGAUCACACGGCCUGUGCCUCGACAGGCGCGGCACUGUGUGGUCCUUGUACCCCAAUUUGCAGUGUCUUCUUUAUAUCUGCUAACAAGCCGCGAUGGUUCCUCCCACCUAUUCUCACCAAGGAGAAACACUCGGUGAUGAGAUGCCUCGACUGAAGUCGCACCCUCUUCCUUCACAACUUUCUGGUGGAUUUUGGACAGUUCAGUCAUGGGAGCAACAGCAGCACCAUUGAUAUCACCCUGCAACGGAAGGUCAGUCCUUGUCUCCAAAUACAGCCUCUCGAGCAGUUCUGCGCUCAUAUUUCCAUCUUCUGGAGCACCUAAUGUUGCUUGCCAUGUCUUGACAGCAAGCUCAGUCCCAGAUGAGAAACUGGAGAACUCCAUAUCCUCCUCCCCUGAGUAAAACCCCAGUUUUUGCAAUGCUUCCUUGGCUAUUCCAAGAAGAAAUGCAUGAUGAUGUAUUAUUGCGAGCACACCUGCAUCUCUCGAACCUCCUCUCCUUCGCUUCCUGCUCUCAAUGCUUUCUUCUUCCUCCUAAGCUUCGUCUCCUCAUUCUCCACCUCCACAACACGAGCGCUCCCUACCGCCGCCGUCUCCUCGUUUUUCACCUCCAUAACACGAGCCGCCUCCGCCUCCUCUUCCACCGUCUCCACCAGUUCAAUCGGGGUCGCACUCGACGCGCUCUCCAGAAUCAAACUCCGCUCCUUCAAAACCUGCAGCAACGCACCGACAUUCGCCGGCACCGCAUCAUCUCCGGCAACCGUAAUCCUCUUCUCUAAAACCUGGAUUUGGAGCUUCAGCGACUGAAUUUCGCUCAACAGCGACUCCCGCUCGCGAAGCCACCUCUGCUCUUCCCGGAGCCACCGCUGCUCCUCGCGCAGCCACCGCUGCUCCUCGCGGAGCCAGAGAAGCUCCUCGCGAUCGGAACCAGAAGAGGACGAGAUUGAGGAGCGAGCAUGGCAGACGUGAGUCUUGUGGAGCAAGGAGGACUUGGAGUAGAGCGCGAGAAGAGGAAGAGCGUUGGGCGGCUUGUGGCGUUGGAUGAUUGAAAGCGGAGGAUUCAGAAGGAUGAGAAAAUAUGAUGACAUUGGAGAGCCCAUUUGAAUCGAGAACUGACUGAGCUGUAGAUGAAGGAAGGAUGGGUAGAUACGAAGAGCGAUAGAAGGUAGAAGAAGAAAGAGGAGAUCCACUCAUUUGAAAAGUUGAGGGAUUCGGAUUCCAGCCAAUCUCUU